AUGAUCUAUCCUAUCUCUGAUAGUACUUGGGUCUCACCAGUGCACUGUGUUCCUAAGAAAGGUGGUAUGACUGUGAUUAAGAAUGAUAAGGAUGAAUUGAUACCAACUCGAACUAUAACAGGACAUUGGAUGUGCAUAGAUUACAGGAAAUUGAAUGCUGCAUCUAGAAAAGAUCACUUCCCAUUGCUAUUCAUUGAUCAAAUGCUUGAAAGAUUAGCUAAUCAUCCUUACUACUGUUUUCUUGAUGGUUAUUCUGGGUUCUUUCAAAUCCCAAUUCAUCCUAAUGAUCAAGAAAAAACCACCUUCACUUGCCCUUAUGGAACAUUUGCAUAUAAGAGGAUGCCUUUUGGUCUUUGCAAUGCACCUGCUACUUUUCAGAGGUGUAUGACCUCUAUAUUUUCGGAUCUGAUCGAGGAGAUGGUGGAAGUCUUCAUGGACGAUUUCUCAGUCUAUGGCUCCUCCUUCUCCUCAUGUUUGCUUAACUUGUGCAGGGUGCUAUCUAGGUGUGAAGAGACCAAUCUGGUGCUGAACUGGGAGAAGUGUCACUUCAUGGUCAAGGAAGGGAUAGUGCUGGGUCACAAGAUAAAUGCGAACGGGAUCGAGGUGGACAAGGCCAAGAUCGAGGUCAUGAUGCAGCUGCAGCCGCCUAAGACGGUCAAGGAUAUCAGAAGCUUCCUCGGACACGCUGGAUUUUACAGGAGGUUUAUCAAAGACUUCUCAAAGAUCGCGCGACCUCUGAUCAGAUUGCUGUGCAAGGAGGUCGAGUUCGUUUUCGACGCUGACUGUUUGGAAGCGUUCGAGCUCAUCAAGGAGGCCCUCGUUUCUGCACCAGUCAUUCUUGAUCGAUUUGAAGGGUCCAGACCACCUCGACUUCAGUUUCCCAGGAAACAGCUUUACUUGAGAGUUAAACAGCAGCACUCGAUCGCCUUCCUUCAAAUCCUUUCGAAUGAUCUUUUUGUCGUGGAAUGCCUUGGUUCUCUCCUUGUAGAUCUUAGAACUUUCGUAGGCAUCCAACCUGAUCUCCUCGAGCUCAUGCAGAUCGAGCUCUCUCUUCUCCUGGGCAGUCUUGAGAUCAAAAUUCAGCAUCUUUGUCACCCAGAGGGCUCUUUAUUCCACUUCAACAGGGAGGUGGCACGACUUUCCGUACAACAAUUGAAAUGGUGUCCUCCCAAUAGGCGUCUUGAACGCUGUCCUAUACGCCCAGAGUGA